CCAAAAUUCCAAAAUCCAAAAAGCUAAGCUUGUAAGAGCAUCGUGCUAUCUAGCUAGCAAUCUAGCUAUCCCAUCAAGGAAUCAUUCAACUCAACUUGCAAGUUGAUAUUAAUAGCAACCAUGAAGAGAUCUGCGUCUACCGGCAACAUCUUCCCCCUGAACUCUAUUUUGCCUGAUGCCAAAGUAGGCCUGAAUAACGUGAAGAACAGCCUAAGUGUGAGUCUCACUAGUGGCACAGCAGCCUUGGGCAUUUCGUUAGGUAACAGCAGUGGUAAGCAAGCGAAAGAUGAGACUGAUUUAGUAGCGGAGAUGUAUAGGCAUGCCCAUGAUAUGGAAGACCUGGCCAAGAAAGCUCGUAGAGCCCGUCGUCGCAAGAACCGUCACGGCACUACGGGCCACACUGCCAGUUGUACCAAUGGCUGUGAUAGUGGUACCGGUAGUGUAAGACGGUCUGGAAAAGCUACCGAUAGUGUCAGUGAUGCCAGUGAUCACAGUGUGGUGGGAAUCCCUUCUUUUUCUUCCUUCACUUCCUUGCUCUCGCCUACAAAGUCCCCGGAACAGCAAGGAGGAGGAGGGCGUGGUAGAUCCCGUCACAAGCGUGUUGACACUGACGGACCUCAUCGUAGAAGUCGCUCUUUUACCAACUUUAUGGGCAGUGCACUUAGUAUGGGUGCUAUUAAUAUUACAAGCACCACCACGACCACCGAGACUUCUACUGCAGCCCCUCGAAGCCGCCGUAGCCGAUCCUCUACGCGGCUAGGACCCAAGAUGCGCCAAUCGCUAGUGGAACAACUGCAGCUGCAACCACCACAAGGCAAGCAAGAUGCACUUCCCAGCACUGGAACCAAGCGAACUUGCAGCGUCGGGGUCUUGCCGGAUAUCUACAAGCCUAGCUUUUACUAUGACAGCGACGACGAAGACGACGACCUGGUUGUGGCUCCGGAGGAACGAUUGGACGAAUACUCCAGGCAAGUGCAACAGGAUGUCACCAACAUGACCAUCAACAUUAGCUGCUGGAGCUCACCUCCUCAGGCGGCAUGAUAAUGAUCUGCGUUGCAUUACCUUCCUUACGUACAUACCUACCUACCUGCCUACCUACUCUAUAGCCAACAUUAAAUUUUGCUCGCAAAGAAAUGAACCACUCCCGUGUAUUUUUUGAUAGUAGUACUUGCCCUGUUACCUAAUUGCUGUUAAAAACCCCAACCGGUACCUACAUGCUUCUCUACUAGACUAGCUACCAGUUUUAACUUAAAGAUGUGGUUGAGUCCUGAUCAGGUUACAAUCCCCGUCAAAGGAAGAUAGCGAAGGAGCUUUGA